AUGGCUAGACUCAGCUCUGUCAUGUGGGUCUCUUCCUUGUGCCUUGCGACAUUGGAGGCUCUAGUUUCUUCUGGCGAUGGCUCCUUUCUCUUUCUUCCUCGAGAAGAAGAGAAGGAAGCGGAGAUGAAGGCGGAAAUGUGGCGUAGGAGAAGAGAUCAUCACCACCGCAAAGGAAAGGCAUUAAGAAAUGGAAAUUUCGUUUGUGUCAUUAAGGAGAAGUCCGUAACAACUCUGAUCGGAACGAAAUUUGGUGGAGCGCUUCAUGGUAUUACUGGGUCGAUAAUCAACGGAGCUUUUAUGACUCAUGGAUUCAGAUCCUGGUUGAUGGAGAACCAAGUUAAAGCUGAUGAGCAUGUGAAUCGAGCUAUGGGUCGUGGUCUCCCUAGUAAUGUGGACAGUGAUGGGCCGACGGGUUACAUGCUGGUUCUAGUUGUCACGAGGAUGACUGGACCUAACGAUGUGUAUGUUUAUAUUAAUAUAUAUAAGAUGAUGGUUAUGAAUGUGUUGUUAGAAUGGGCAGAGAUGAUUCCUCUCACUGAGUAUUCUUUACUCACUCCUUUUUUCCCUUUUUCCUCAGUUCAAAGAAAACGUUUUUGGCAAGAUCAGAUGAAAACAUGCCGUCUUAGUCUAUAUGGCGGGGCAGGUUUAGUUGUCUCCCUCGUUUGGGUUGUCGUCUCCCUCACUCUCAUGGAGAAAGGUGCAUCUUAUGCGGAGAAGGCCAAGGUCCACUCUCUUGUUUGCGCCAUUUGUGUUGAAGCCCGUUCUCAUAUAUUAGCGGGAAGUCCUUAUGGUGUGCUUCGAGAGCUUCCACAGUCUUGA